CAAAGAAUGUUGUAUGAUAUGCAUGGUUAAUUUUUUAUUUCUUGAGGAUGAGGGCACAAUCAUCCUCGUAAAUAAAAAGAAUAGAAACAAAUUGUUGAGGAAGAUCGAGGAUGACGAUCAAAGGCUUCAAGGAAUCGUUUCGAUUGAAUUGAUAACAGGACAGCAAUUACAUCCAUUCCUGUUGCAACAGAGCUUCGAGAGAAACCUUGCAUCACUUUCCCAGAAGAAGGGAAGAAGAAGAAGAAGAAGAAGAAGAAGAAGAAGAAUUCAUAGGAGAGCUUUUCUUGAUGUUCAAUUUCUAAAUAAUUGGGCAAAGGGAUGGAUCCAGAACAAACGUUUAUUCGAGUUCAGGAACGGUUUUCCCAGAUGCUGACUCCUAAAGUCAGAGCCACUCUGGAGUAUAUGAAUCUCUGUAUAGCCAUUACUUUGUUCUGUAUUCUUGUGGUCAUGCACGCGAACUACGUACAACAGCCUGGUUGUUCAAGUGAGCUCUCUGGAGUUGAGACAACAGAAGCGCAACUUAUUCAAAUUAAGAUAACGACUGCAGGCUUGUGGUCGCAAAAUGAAUCUGAACUUAACAUUCAAGAUGUCCCUGGUGGGGAAACUGUGAGAGAAAGUCUGGAAGUGGCAAAUGAUGAGGAUGAAUUAACAUUUUUGGCUGCCAAAUUUUGGUUAAAUUGGUUUGGUUCAGGUGCUAGGAGGGGUAAGUUUGCACCAAAGCUCUGGAAAUCAGAUACAGAGAUUCUAGAACAUCAAGCAGAGAAUACUUGUGGGGAUCAAUGCUCAAAAGCAGCAGUUGAUGAUACAGUCAUCAAAGAAAAAGAAGAGUUCCACAUUAGUUUCCUGAUAUCAGUCAAGGAGACCUUUAAGGCAGCAAUUGUUCACUUUGGUAAAAGGUGGAACCGACGAAUUUUAUUUAUUUGUAGACAUACAAAGCAGAUCCUGACCAGCUUGUGGAAGCUAUCUAAUGUUGCAGGGAUAAAUUUGAGUCUUGAUGUCUCCAAGUGGUCACACAUUCUUCAUCUGGACAGGAUCCAGUCAGCUGCAGUGCAAUGGCUCGUGAGAAGAAGUAAAAGUUUUGAACCAACAUACUUGUAUACUAGGGAAAAGGGAUAUUUUUUAUUACCAGAAGGAGCUAAGUCUAGGCAUAAUAUACAGACAGUGAAUAUAACUAUACCAGCUCAACAUUCAUGCUUUGGAAACAGAUGGCAGCAACUUCUCAUUAACAGAUUUGUUGGGUAUGAUACUAUCUUGAUGAACAGCUUACUUACCUUUCCAGGUCAAGGCUAUCUUUACAAUUACCAAACAAAGGAGUUUUACAAUCUUAGCUAUGCAUUUGAGCCGCCAGAGGGCCCUGCCAGAUUUGGAGACUACUUUGUGACCAAGUGUGGUGUGCUCAUGAUGUCUCUCUUCGUUUUCUUCACUACCACCAUGUCGGUGUCAUUUACAUUAAGGGAAACACAGACUCGCAUGUUGAAGUUUACAGUGCAGCUUCAACACCAUGCUCGACAUCAACUCCCAACUUUUCAGUUGAUUUUUGUGCAUGUAAUCGAGUCACUUGUCUUUGUUCCAAUUAUGAUUGGUAUACUAUUUUUCCUGUUUGAGUUUUAUGACGAUCAGCUCUUGGCUUUCAUGGUCUUGAUCCUGGUGUGGUUAAGUGAAUUAUUUACACUAAUUAGUGUACGGACUCCAAUAUCGAUGAAGUUUUUCCCCCGCUUUUUUCUGCUCUAUUUUUUGGUUUUUCAUAUUUAUUUCUUCUCGUAUGCUUACGGUUUUUCAUAUUUGGCUCUUUCUACAACUGCAGCCUUUAUGCAGCAUUUGAUUCUAUAUUUUUGGAACCGCUUUGAGGUACCGGCUUUGCAGAGGUUCAUGCAAAACAGACGAUCUCAGAUACAUCAGCAUCCAGACUUCCACAUUACCUCUUCUACAAUUCUAGCCUCCACAUUGCAUAUCACAAGGUUAAACACCAGGAAUCCCACUGGACAAAAUACAGAUCCAAACUCCGGACAAGAUUUAAGACCUGCAUCUGGAACCACGCACACUGAACCUGGAGGCGGGACCGGAGAAGUUCCCCAUCCUCUAGAGCAAACUGAAAACAAUAGUCUCGAUAGAACUGGGGACAGGAUUCAAAUUCCAGGACAGCAUGAACUUGGGCAACCGAGGAAUGUGAAUUCUUUUAGUUCUCUGUUGUUUUGGAUCUUAGGAGGGGCUACAUCUGAAGGUAUUAACUCAUUGCGUUCGAUAUUCCGAGAGUCGAGGAACAAUGGUCAAGUUUAUACAGGAUCACCUACUGAGGAGAACAAUGGGAAUCAGAAUGUUCAGUAGUCUUGGAUUUUCAUGACUGAUAACUGAUCUAUAGGUGUUGACAUUCCCCAACUGGUGUAUGUAACUUGAAGAUUGAUUUGGCAAUGGGGGGAUGGAGACGGGGAAACAAUGGAUAAGAAAGGAAGAAACGGUAGGUAGAAUGAUAUUUGAUCUAAUUGUCUUUGUUACAAUGCUGUCCUUCAGUUUUAUUUAUGUUUAUAGCAAUGGAGAAAAAUCUACUUGAAGCCAUUGUGAUAGGAGCCAGGAGAUCUUGUUCUGUGUAUAGAAAGAAGAAAAAUGUUUAUUGGUACUUCCACAACUUGUUGAAAAAUGGUAAAAGAUGAAGGAAACACUUUUUCUUGCAA